UUACAGAUAUUAUCGUUCCAGCUAUGCCUGCAACAAGUUUUCAGCCUCAGCCUUAUGAAGGACCAGAUUUUGACAAAACUCGUUCCAUACGUGCCAAUCACCUAAACCCAGCUCUUUUCACCUACUAUAAAUCUCCCCUUCUUAUCCAUCAAGGACACAUGCAGUGGCUAUUUGAUCACAAUGGUGUCCGUUACCUUGACUUGUUUGGAGGAAUUGUCACUGUAUCUGUUGGCCACUGUCACCCGAAAAUUAAUGAAGCUAUCAAAAAGCAACUUGACAAAGUCUGGCACACAACAAACAUCUACUUACACCCAAAAAUUCACGAAUAUGCUGAACGCCUUGUAGCCACUUUGCCCGGAGAUUUGAAAGUUGUAUAUUUUGUCAACAGCGGAUCAGAGGCUAACGAUCUGGCUAUGAUGAUGGCUCGUAUGUAUACUGGCUGCUACGACUUAAUCUCGUUCCGAAACGCUUAUCACGGAAUGAGUCCCGCUACAAAUGGCCUUACCGCUCAUUCCACUUGGCGUUACAAUAUUGCAGGCAAUUUCGGUAUACAUCAGACGAUGAAUGCUGAUCCUUAUCGAGGAGAAUGGGGUGGAAAGCACUGCCGUGAUUCUCCCGUUCAAACCACUCGCAGCUGCAAUUGCUCACCCGGACAGUGCGCUGCAUCGGGAAAAUAUGUCGAUCAGCUGGAUGAAGUUCUGCGCUAUUCCGCACCAAAGGGACGAGUUGGCGGUUUUUUUAUAUUAGUACAGUACUAG